AUGGCGAACCGAGGCUAUGAUGUCGUAGUAGAUGUGGAUGCAGAGGGCGACCUUGGCCACACUGACCUACAAGAAGACCUCGAAUUCCACCCCUCCAACUUUGAAAACGACCAGAGAACCGCUAAAGUCCAAGGCGAUUCCGCCCCGUUCCUGGGCGGUGGGUCAUCGCGUCGCCGUGACCGGUCCCCUGGCGGCACGCCGACCAAGCACAGCUGGUGGUCGAUACACUACUACGAGCGAUUUUUCGACGUCGACACGAACGAGGUCCUCCGCCGCUGUGUGGCGACGUUGUACCCACGCAGCAACUUCCUCGAUGUGCUAGAGGGCAACGCAGAUCUGUACGGACCAGUCUGGAUCGCGACUACGGUGGUUGUUAUCCUGUUUUUGACGGGUACUAUCUCGCAAUGGUUGUCAAACAAUGGCGACAAGCACUUCGAGUACGAUUUCACGCUGCUAUCGGGUGCAGCUGGUCUGGUCUAUGGGUACACGGGUAUCGUGCCUAUUGCCCUGUGGGGCGCACUGCGUUGGUUCGGCAGCUCAACAGCUGACCUUAUUGAGUGCUGGUCUCUGUAUGGGUACUCUAAUUUGGUCUGGAUUGCAGUUGCACUGGUCAGCUGGAGUCCGUUGACUGCGCUUAACUGGGCGCUUGUUGGCGUUGGCUUUGCUUGGACGGUCUUCUUCCUUCUGCGGAACUUGUACCCGGUCUUGAAUGCUACUGAUGCGAAGGCUAGCAAGAUCCUCUUGAUCUUGGUUGUUGUGCUACAUGCGGCACUGGCUAUUGCUAUCAAGGUGCUUUUCUUUGCUCACGGAAGCCCCGUCUCAAAGAAGAAGGAUAAGGAACAUGACGAUAACAAGGAUGAUGACAAGAAAGGGAUGAUGUUCCGGGCAUAA